CAGAUGGAGGAUCCCAUCCAGCUGAAAGAGGAGGGCAAUAAAUAUUUUCAGGCCAGUGACUACGAGAAAGCCGUGCAAAGCUACACUCAGGCCAUAAAGCUCAACAAAGACAAGGCGCUGCAGGCGGUGCUGUACAGGAACAGGGCAGCCUGCUUCCUCAAAAAGGAGGAAUACGCCAAAGCAGCCUCAGAUGCAUCCAGAGCUAUUGACAUCAAUGCUUCAGAUAUCAAAGCCUUGUACAGGCGCAGCCAAGCUCUGGAAAAACUGGGGAAAUUGGAUCAAGCAUUCAAAGAUGCUCAGAAAUGUGCCACCAUUGAACCCCGCAACAAGAACUUCCAGGAGGCCCUGAGGAGACUGGGGGCCAACAUCCAGGAGAAGCUGCACAUUCAGUUCUCCACAGACCUGAGGGUGCAGAAGAUGUUUGAAAUCCUGCUGGAUGAGAACAGUGAGAAAGAAAAGCGAGAAAAGGCUGCCAACAACCUCAUAGUCCUGGGGCGCGAAGAAGCAGGUGCUGAGAGGAUUUUCCAGAACAAUGGGGUCAGUUUGCUGCUGCAGCUGAUAGAGACCAAAAAUCCUGAGCUGAUCCUGGCAGCUGUGAGGACACUUUCAGGCAUGUGCACAGGACAUAAGGCUCGGGCCACUGCCAUCCUCCACUACCUGGGCAUCGACAGCAUCUGCACGUGGAUGGCAGUAGACAAUGAAGAAAUCUCCCUAGCUGUCUGCAACCUCCUGCAGACCAUCACAGACUGCUUGCUGGGCCAGGGGAAAGAGGAGCACCAUGGGAAGGAGGAGGCUGUUGUGCUGGAUACCAAGAAGGACCUAAGGAUGAUCACAACGCGCUUGCUGGACAUGCUGGUCAGUAAGACUGUAUCUGGGCAGGGACGAGACCGAGCUCUAAACCUCCUCAACAAGAAUAUACCAAGGAAAGACCUGAAAGACCAUGACAACAGCAGGUCCAUAUUUGUCAUUGACAAUGGCUUAAAAAAGAUCCUGAAAGUGGUGGGGCAGAUUCCUGAGAUGCCUGACUGCCUGCCCCUGACAGAGAACACCCAGCUGACAGCCUCUGUCCUCCUCAACAAACUGUACGACGACCUGCGCUGUGACCCAGAGCGGGACAAGUACCGGCUGAUCUGUGAGGAGUACAUCAAGAGCAAAAUCGACCCACAGAACAUGGAUAAGACACUCCAUGCCAUCCAGAUAGUGUCUGGAGUUCUGCAAGGGCCCUUUGACUUAGGCAACAAACUGCUUGGCAUGAAGGGAGUCAUGGAGAUGAUGGUUGCCCUGUGUGGGUCUGAGAGGGAGAUCGACCAGCUGGUGGCAGUGGAAGCUCUCAUCCAUGCCUCCACCAAGCUGAGCAGAGCCACCUUCAUCAUCUCCAACGGGGUGACACUCCUGAAGGAAAUCUACAAGAAGACUAAGAAUGAGAAGAUCAAAAUCCGAGCCCUGGUGGGUCUCUGCAAGCUGGGGUCAGCAGGAGGUACAGAUUAUGGACUGAGGCAGUUUGCUGAGGGGUCCACUGAGAAGUUGGCCAAGCAGUGCCGCAAAUGGUUGUGCAACACCAGCAUUGAUGCCCGCACCAGGAAGUGGGCUGUGGAAGGGAUGGCAUAUCUGACCUUCGAUGCAGAUGUGAAAGAUGACUUUGUUGAAGAUGAGCCAGCCCUGCAAGCUAUGUUUGAAUUAGCCAAGACAAGUGACAAGACUAUUUUGUAUUCCGUGGCUUCUGCACUGGUGAACUGCACCAACAGCUAUGAUACCAAGGAGCUGGUCCCAGAGCUGGUGCAACUGGCAAAGUUCUCCAAGCAGCACGUGCCUGAGGAGCACCCAAAGGACAAGAAGGAUUUUGUGGUGAAGCGGGUGAAGCGGCUGCUGAAAGCCGGGGUGGUGUCUGCGCUGUCCUGCAUGGUGAAGGCAGACAGCGCCCUCCUGACCGACCAGAGCAAGGAGCUCAUCGCCAGGGUGUUCCUUGCCUUGUGUGAAGACCCCAAGGACCGCGGGACCAUUGUUGCUCAGGGCGGUGGAAAGGCCCUGAUACCUCUGGCUGUGGAAGGCACAGAAGUUGGCAAGAUAAAGGCUUCUCACGCUCUGGCAAAAAUUGCUGCUAUCUCCAAUCCAGACAUGGCCUUCCCAGGGGAGAGGGUGUAUGAGGUGGUGAGGCCCCUGUACAUCUUGCUGAACACGGAGAGAGACGGCCUCCAGAAUUAUGAGGCUCUGUUAGGCCUCACUAACUUUUCAGGAAGAAGUGAUAAACUUCGGAUGAAGAUAAUCAAAGAGAAGGCACUGCCAGAUAUUGAAAACUACAUGUUUGAGAAUCAUGACCAACUCCGACAGGCGGCCACGGAGUGCAUGUGCAACCUGGUGGUCAACAAGGAGGUUCAGGAGCGGUUUGUGGCUGAUGGGAACGACCGGCUGAAGUUGGUGGUGUUGCUGUGUGGGGAGGAUGAUGAGAAAGUCCAGGUUGCAGCAGCAGGAGCCCUGGCCGUGCUCACAGCAGCACAGAAGAAACUCUGCUCCAAGAUGACUGAAGUGACCACCCAGUGGCUUGAAAUCCUGCAGAGGCUCUGCUUGCACGACAACAUGAAAGUACAGCACCGAGGACUGGUCAUUGCUUUCAAUCUGAUCAGUGCUGACAAAGAGCUGGCAAAGAAGCUGGUGGAGUCGGAGCUGCUGGAGAUCCUGACGUAUGUUGGCAAGCAGGAAGAUGACCCCAAGAAGCAGCAUGUCAUCAAUGCAGCACGAGAUUGCCUCACCAGGUGCAUGGAUUAUGGGCUGAUCAAACCUCUCUCUCAGGCAUGAGGAAAUGAAAAGCACCAACAAAGGCUGAGCUGGGGGGAGAAGCUGCAGAUAUGCUGAAAAGUGAGA